UCCGCGACCAGCGGGUGGGCGGAGGCGGCAGGCGCGUGCCGGCCAUGGCCGCCGACCGCCGCCUGUCGCUGGUGGCCGCCGAGCCGCUCAAUCCCGGAGACUCGCUGGGACCCGUGCCACCACUGGGCCUCGCAGGCGUGGACCCGCUCGCGGCGCUUGCCUGGCGCUGCCUCGACGAACCACCUGCGCCGGCCAAUGCCGCCGUCAAGGCGGUGUCGGCCUGGCGCGGCCGUCCGUCGGAGUGCCCGGAGACGGACGACGAGCAGCGGCGGCAGCACGAGGAAGAAGAAGAGGAGCGCCUGCGCUGGCUGUCCCAGCUACCGGCCGCUCGCCACCCUCAGGAGCAGAACCUCGAGGUGACGCUGGCGUCGCAGCAACUGCAGCUGCGCGUGUGCCGACCCGUGCAAAGGGGAGAGCCGCUGCUCGCCUGGUUCUCCCGCGAGCUGGCCGACUUGCUCAGGCUGCCCGCCGCACCCCGGAACACCGCAAACGCCCACGGUGGCGAGAAGCCGUACCGGUGUCCCCUCUGCAGUGACUCGUUCGCAAACCCGUACCCGGUGGUUUCGCACCUCAUGUACCGCUGCCCCGCGAGGCACCAUGCCGCGUCGGUCGAGGUGGCGCCUCCGCCACCUCCGCCCACGGUCCCACGGCGGACAAGUGAGGGCGCGCCAGAGCCGGUCUCCAGCGUGGAUGCCAAACCACGGACGCCGUUGACCACCACUUCGCUGCCGGCCGCAAGGAAGGUCAAGGGCUUCGACAUUGCCUCACUCACCGACUGCUGCAGCGGUGGAGGAACAGAAAGCAAGCACCAGGCGACCAGCGCAAAAGACGCCAAGUUGACGCUGGACAGGUUGACAACGUCUCGAGGGGAAGCCACUACGGCGUCGCCACAGGCGCAUUCGCCGGCGGAGGCAUCCGAUUACGGUGCGGCGGCUUGCGUUCCCGACGACCUGUCUUUCAAGCGGCCUUCCAAGAAGCGCGCCAGGGCGGACGACGACGCUGCUGCAACGGCGCCGCCUUCGAGCGCCUUCAAGAAGGUCGACAAAACUGACAGGUCUCCGCCCGGAUUGUCCCCUGUGGCCGGCGGCUUCCCGUUCGCCUUUCCGUACGGCCUGCCGCCAUCCAGCCCCCUUUGCGCCCAGUUCCCGUUGCUGCCUGUGUUCGGGCCGCUCCUGGACCCCAAGGUAGAAGACGACUUCGAGAAGAGCGCUUCCGCCGCCGGCAACAACUCGUCGGCGGCCGCAGCAGCCGCCGCCGCCGCUGCCGCCGCCGCACGGCGCUUUCUCCCUGCCGCCGCCGCAGCAGCAGCCGCGGCAGCCGCAGCAGCUCAGUACCCGGCUGCCGCUGUGCUGCCCUACCUCCCGCCAUCGCUGGCGGCGCUGUCUCUUCCGUCUCAGAACUGGUGCGCCAAGUGCCAGACGAGCUUCCGCAUGACCAGCGACCUGGUUUAUCACAUGCGCUCGCACCACAAGCGAGAACCGGACCCGGCCAAGAAACGGCGAGAGGACAAGCUGCGCUGCCACAUUUGCCACGAGAGCUUCCGCGAGCGGCAUCAUCUCACCCGGCAUAUGACGUCUCACCAGUGACGUGGCGAUGAAGUGUGUCCCGCUGAUGUCACUGCACCGACGGUCGCCAUGGAGUUGGCCAUCGUGCCAGCGUUGGUUUCAUCGAGAAGUAUCUCGAAGGUCGUACAAGAAGGGAACGCGGCUGGCCCUGCGUCGUGCACGACGUAGUUUCGUUGUUGGCAGCUCGCAACGUCGUCAUCGUCGCGCGGGCGUCAGCGCCAAACACCAUCGGUUGCACGACUCUUUAUUGACGGGGAACUUCGGACUGAGAGGCUCUGCCAUGGCUGAUGCGCAAGCCGUUAUCUCUUUUCUUUUUAUUUUGACAAGUUCCGAGGUUGUCAACUGGAAGAUGGCUGUCGACGUCUGUCCAUGGCUUGAAAGAAAGUGAAAGAAAGUGUACGUUUAGGAAGCCGCAGUCAUCAGAGCGCGCCUUUUCUGUCACCGUUACCUGCGCGUAUCUUUAACCGAACGCCUGCGUGGCUCCUCACCAGAGAAAGGUUUGAGCCGUCUGGUGGCUUGUUCCUAUUGGUAUUUGUGGUGUUGCCCCUGGGGACGCGCAUCUUGUAAGCGCCCAAAAAAGCCCUGGUUUUGUUGUUUCCUAUGAACUCUCAAGAGAACUCCUGACUCUCUGUGCGAGAUGUGGCCAAGUCUAGUCAUCUCAUCGUUGUCUUGUGUGUUAUUUUUGUGGUGCGAAAGAUGAAUAUGAAUUGAUUGUCGGUGACAUGGGCCGUGACCUUGGCGAAUCAACUUGUGUUUCGGCGGAUCCGCCAAGCGAGUUGAACGGUUGGCCAAUGAGCAUAACAGAGAUGGCACUGAAGGUUUGCUUUUAUGUAAUUUACGCCGUGGUGUUAAGAAAGACAUGGUGUGAAAAUCUGUGAAGUCUCAUAUGUACAAUUAACUUAAGGCGACCUUUCUUGGAAGAACGUGAUGAAUAUGUGUUUAUGUUAUUUAACGCACUACAUAACGGCGAAUACCACAGUUUGUCCGUUUUCUUUUUUUUUUUUUUUGGUUAGGGAAGCUACCAGUAAUGAAAGGGCCUGCAGAUAAUACUUUAGAGGCGUGUCAACCGAUAGCGCUUCCAGGCAUAAUAGAUAGACGUUCAAGAGCAAAACUAUAGGAUGUUCUUCAAUUUAUUUCGCACAUACGGUGCAAUUUGUUACCAACUGAGAGGUUGUCGA